UUUUAUAAACAAACAACAAAGAAGAAAGAAAGAAAGAAAGAAAUGUCUGUGCAGAAAGGAGGUGUCAAGAGUUCUCACUACCAGGCAGAAUCCAACAUGGAACAAGAUAUCGAUAGAAAAGCAUGGGUCUUUAAGCCAAGUGGUCUUAAUUUCAUAUGGGGAGGUGAUUCUCGGUAUUGGGUCAUCCCUAAAGAAGACAGGACCCCUGCUGAACUAAAGAUGGCGAGUUGGUUAGAAGUAACCGGUUCGUACAACAAGAUUGAGCCAGGCAAAACAUACCGAAUCGGUUUUAAAAUCUCGUUCACUUCUGAUGCAACCGGAUGGGACCAAGCUCCGGUUUUCAUGUCGGCGAAAGUUGGAAAGAAAGGGAAGACAGUUUGGAAGAGGAUCAAAUCGGUUAACAAUAACAUUGAGAAACUCAAAGGCGGAACCGGACCGGUUAACAUACCAGAUGAGACUGAUGGUCGUUUUGAGGUCUUUGUCAGUCCCAAGGUAGCUAUUAACCAAGACACCGAGCUUCAAUUUGGUUUGUAUGAAGUGUGGACUGGAAAAUGGAAGAAAGGUUUGUUGGUCUAUGAAGCUUUUGUUGAAGAAGUGUAAAAGUGAUUAUGAAUCCAUCUCUAAAGAUUAAAGAUCUUUAUAUACCUUAUAACUUCAACGUCCCAAGAACUCUUUUUCAAUGUGUAUAUAUACAUAUAUAUAAUCCAUCAAUAAGAAUAGAAGUUGUGCA